CACUAUUUUUUAGCUCAACAGCUAUUUUUUUUAGCUCUUGUACAAAGCUCUGGCUCUCUCCUUUGCUCAUCAGCUCUUGUACAAGCACAAAAUAGUUUCCUUCCAUUUUUCAAUUCCAUUAUUUUUCUUUAUUAUUUUCCAGCUUUUGAUACCACAUUUCCAUUUAUUUUCAUCCCUAAGUUACUCUCUCUUUGUUGAGAGGAGAUUUUGUUCUGUUGUUCAAAGGUCUUCACUGAAAUGGGGGCUUCAGGCAAAUGGAUUAAGACAUUGAUAGGGAUGAAGAAACCUGGAAAAGGUGACCAGGAAGGGUGGUGUGAUAGUAGAGGAACACUUGAAGAAGUCAAGUCUAAGAUACAAAUGAGGAAAGAGGGAGCUUUCAAGAGAGAGAGGGCACUUGCAUACUCUCUAGUUCACAAGUGGAAAUCAAGCCAGAGUCCCACAUUGAAAAACAUUAAUGGAUUUGACAAGAACAAUUGGAGCUGGCUCGAAAGGUGGAUGGUUGCGAAGCCUUGGGAAAAUCGACUAAUGGCUCAAAAUAACGAUAAUAUCAGCAAAUCCUUAGCCCAAUCGAGUUUAUCGACUUUGCACGAACCGAAUUUGGUUAAAGUAACUAAAAACAUCAUCACCAAGAAAAUAUAUGUAAAUCCUCCUCCAUUUAUUAUCAGUUCUCAUCAUGCCACUCACUCAUCCUCGAGCCCGAGUUCGGAUUUCUCAUCCUCGUUUUUCACGAACACUUACUCGGAUAAAACGGAGGACAGCAACACGAGCAGGCCGAACUACAUGAGCUUGACGGAGGCGACUAGGGCAAAGCAGAGGAUCGCGGCCCGCCAGAGGCAGCCGUCAAUGGACGAGUUUCAGUUUGUGAAGAAGUCCGGUGGUCGAAACGAGGGUGGCUCGGAAUCUUGUGUGGCGGUUAAUAAGUCGAGGAUUCUUUGCGUGCCGGCAAGGAAUUANAAUGAUUUGAUUUUUUUUUUCUUUUGAUUUGGUAUUUCCUAUGGUGAAGGAAUGACUUUAUUCUGGUGGUGGAAUGCUUUUUUGAUUCACUUGGCAAUGGUAAGUGGUGUUUGAUUUAAUUCACGUUGUGUGGUAAACAUCUUUAUGUAACUUUCAUUAUUUUUA